UUAAAUUAAAUGAAAUUCAAUUUUAAAUAUAUAUCAAUUAUAAUUAAAAUUAUUAUUAAAAUAAAUAAUGGAAUCAAAAAACACAUUUUCGAACGUGUCAUUAAAAUUUUUAGACCCUAAUAUUUUGAUGAGCUUUUCUGUUUAUUUCUGAACGAAUAAAGUUAGAAGCGCGAUUUGAUGGCCUGAUAAUUCUCGAAAGAAUCCUGUCUGUUUAUAAAUACAACCGAUCUUUUAUAUUAUUUAAUUAAAAUCUUAAAGAUCCUUUAAACAUGAGUCACACAAUUUUGCUGGUGCAGCCCGGUCCGAGGCCCGAAACCAGGACUUACUCAGACUACGAAAGCGUCAACGACUGCAUGGAGGGUGUGUGUAAAAUAUAUGAGGAACAUCUGAAAAGGCGAAACCCUAAUACACCCACUAUCACGUACGAUAUAUCACAACUCUUCGAUUUUGUAGACCAGUUGGCAGAUCUGAGCUGUUUAGUUUAUCAGAAAUCUACAAACACAUACGCACCCUACAACAAAGAUUGGAUAAAGGAAAAGAUAUAUGUUUUAUUGCGUCAAGCGGCCGGACAGAGUGAUUAAGAUUAUAAAAAAAACUCAACAUUAAGAACACCGUACAGUGUAAACUUGAAAAAAUACAUAGUUGUGUAACAUAAUACAGUAAGAGAGAAAUUAUUAUGUUUGGAAAAAUUCUCUGAUAAGACUCUUUAAUGAUCAAAUUAAUCUAUUUUAUUAGUGAAGUUCAACAUUUAGCACUGUUAUUUAUGUAAAAUCACCUACAUAACGUGAAAACUAUAAGUCCAUCCCACAUGCAAGCAGUUGUCAAUGUAUGUACAUUAUUUAAACCUAUAUUUGACACUUUUGUUGUUUUUUUAAUUUCAUGUAAAAUACAGACUAGAACAAAUAGUGUGCCUGCUUCCUCUAAAAAAUUAGACUGUAAUUGAUUUAAGUAAACUAACUAUGUCUUGAAGUCGAUUAGUUGGUUAGGCUUUGCCCCUAAGGAUGGUUGCUGUAUUUUUUAUAACCUUGGAAAAUAUAUUUAUGUUGUUAACAGCAGCUUCACCAAUACGUGUUGUUUGAGGCAAUCUAGAAUUCAUAUAUUACAUUAUACAACAUUAAUACAAAUAACUAAGUCUACUGGUGACCGAGUUUGUUGUAAACCCUUUAGUGUAGGUAAUAUCAUCCUGCCUAUCUUUGCCGAGAGGCAGUUAUCCGUUUCAGUUUGAGGGAUGGGUCAACCGUUACACAAUACAGUUAAAACUUUGACUUUAUGACUCAUAGUGGGUGACUGAAUUCAGGUGAUGUUUACGUGCUCUGAUAAAUGCUUUACACUAGGUGGACUCGUUGACCCAUCUGCAGGGUGAACCAAUAUAGUCUUUUUACUUUUGAUACAUUAAUUAAAAAAACCUAAAUAAAGGAGAUAAAAACUGUUUGCUUAUUAUGAUUAAACAUGAAUAUGUUUUUUUUUAUUAGUCAAGAUUCACCCUUGAUUAUAUUGACACUGCUGUCAUCUAGUUUUUUUGUGAAAUGCUCUGCACAUCCUUGCAAAUAUUGCUUCAAUUCAUCAAGAAACACGAAACUUCACUUUUAAGGUAUCACAAUAAAAAAAUCGGGAAGGAGAUUAAUGCCAGUUAAUGUUACUCAUUUUGAAGUUCACUUUAUGCUACAGCUACCGAUGCAAAAGUAAACAAACUUUUGUUCCACACUGUACAUAAGCGAAAAUGUUUUUUUCUAUUUAGCACAUUAACUAAUUAAUUUGAGAGUUAUUAUCCAAUAUGGGGUUUGGAAAAUGUUCAGAAAACUGUAAAAAGAGUAAUAAAUUCAAGUGGCCUGUAAGAUUACUGUAAGAGUACUAUAAUUUAAUUAUUAUGAUUUAUUGUUUUAGAGUCAUUAUAACUUGUAUAGUUAGCUGAUCACAUCAUUGACGGGCAGCAAAGGGUGGUUUUUUUUUUUAAACUAAAGCAAACAAGCAAUAGAUAAUAUCUUUUCAGAUAACAGUAACGAAUCAUGUAGCAAUUUAAAUGGUUCAUUUGGUUUCGGUGCAGUUUGUCGAACUCUGCCUUUACAAAUUACUCAAAACCACAUUCUAAUGAUACGGAAAGUUUGUCAGCUUUGGUUGGAACCACCGUACAACACAUUUCUCCCACAAAGCAAUAGUGUUCCAGCUUAUGCAUUUGAGACAUUGCUGGUAAAUAUUGAUCCGUUGUCUGUUUUUAGAGGCAAAUAAAUAGUCAAUUCAUCCAUCAGACUAAAUGCUAUCGUGAAAUUAAUUCUAAUCAUUUUUCAAAUUGUAUUAGACUAAAAAAGAAUGUAAAUGAUAAUGUCUCAUGAUUAGUCUAUACAUGAUAGGCAGGAUUUUUUAACAAAGCAAUUGAUAAGUAACUGACAGAUUGCUAGAAUUAAAAAAAAUAAAAGAAGUUAUUGGCCAAGUUAGAUUUAGCAAUACCUACCUACCUAACUUAUAUUGAAGAAAAUUCAUAAACAAUAUCUAAAAUAAGUAUGUAAUAAAAAUAAUUAUUGGUGUUCACUGCCCACCAUUUCUUGUCAAGCUUAGUGAGCGAGUGAGGCCUUGGUAAUAAAUAAUAAACCGAUCUGGUGAUUUAUCAAGGUUGAAAAUAAUUUAUGUAACUUUUGAAUUAAUAAUAGCAAUUGGGUAUUUGACUGCUUUAAGGAUACGUUUAAAACUGUUUAAUGUUUUUGUAGCUCGCAAACUAUUUUUAUGAAAAAUCAAUUUUAAAAAAAACAAUGUUAUGAUUGUGACAAUUAAUGACGUCCCAAGCUAGGAACCAUUUUAUUUAUUUUUCAGAGAUAAUACGGGUCAUCUACCAGUUACCUAUCACCCAGUUAAAAUUCACCAAUGUAAUAUAUAUCUGAUAAUGAGCUCUUUGUGUAUACAUUAAGAAACAACGCGUUCGUUAGAAAUGACAUCAAAGGGUUUUAGGGCUGCCCAAAAAAAAAUUAACAAAAUGGUCAUUAAUAUUUUGUAACAUAUUGUAUUCUCAUUUUUAAAUGCCUAUCCUGAAAAAAAGCCUUUGAUAUUGGUGAAUUGACCCCAAGAAAAGAUAUCAAAGUUAAAUUGAAUUUUUAAAACCCGGUCUCAUUGUGUUCAAAAGUCAAAUACCCCGUUGAAAAUGGAACUAUGUUACAUGAAGCCUUAUUAAUGUAAAUGUAAGAGUACUUCAACCACUUCGUUCCAAGGCAGUGGCUUAGUGUCCGGUGUAAAACUUCAAUGUUCUGAGAUGAUGUGACGGUGUGAGCAUUUCAUUGAUGUUCACUGUGCAGAAAUUGUCAAGAUCUUACUAGUAUUGCCUUAUAACUUGUGAAGUAAGAUCGUGGCAUUGCAGGCAGCGAGCAAACGACUCUGAUGAUAAGUAGUCAUUGUCACAGCAAUUACAAUGUAGGGUUUUGCUUGUGCACCAGUUCCUCCCACUGGACCGCACCCGAAGCGCUAGUUCAUAGCCACACACGUCUUUGAGCGAGAUACUAUUGAGUGUGUAGUUCGUGAUUGUGUGAGUACUGCUGAACACUAGUGAGCAAGUGUCGGUGCACAUUGUGCUGGUGUGUUGUUUAUGUGACGGUCAGAGGAAUUUAAAUUUAAAAUUUUGUACCGGUUUUGUUUUCAAUUUGCGUUCUUUAUAUUAAUAAAGGAUGUAUUUACAAAA